AUGUUGGAUGUCGAUGAAAUUCCUGAGAAGCCGACCAUGAACACUUUUGACAGUUUUCUGUCGGGAUUAGUUGGAGUUAAAGUAAGGCUACAGUCGAGAGAAUUAGCAUCAAGAUAUGGAGGUACUUGGAAUUGCUUCGUAACCACGAUAAAGCAAGAAAAGGCUGGUGUGGCAGGUAUUAACGCCUUAGUUUUCAGCUCAUAUACAUGGUUCUUACAAUAUCAAGAAAAGUUAACUGUAUCAACACAUCAAACACUUACUUCUCCGCAGCAACUACCGUUGUUAAGCCAUGUGUUUAUAGCAGGAAUCGGUGCUGGAAUAAUAACAAGUUUCGUCAGUUGUCCAAUGGAAUUGGUCAAAGUACAACUACAGAAUCAAACAAAAGCAAACGUGCUGAAAGGACCACUGGAUUGUUUUAAGCAGCUAUACGCGAGGGGAGGCGUGCGAUAUUGGUUCAAAGGAUUGGUCCCAACCACUUUACGUGAACUUAGUUUUGGACCCUACUUUUUAACAUACGAAAUUAUCUGUAGAGAAUUUGCAAAGAGAGAUAACACUCGUACGGAUCUAUGCGAGCUUUCAGGCCCGAAGGUUGUUUUGGCUGGUGGUACUGCAGGCAUUGUGGCAUGGUGUUCAACUUAUUUUGCAGAUGUUUUAAAAACGAGAAUACAAUCAGAACCAAGUAGAUAUAAAGGGAUUAUAGACUGUACAAGGCAAACCUAUAGCAGUGAAGGAUGGCGUAUAUUUUUUAGAGGGUUGACACCCACUAUAUUGAGAGCCUUUCCAUCUAACGCUGCUACCUUUGCAGCCUACACAUGGACAAUGAAUUUAUGUCAAAAAAAUCAGCUCUCAACCCUUCUCAAUGACAAAGCAGCUAUAUUCUAG